AUGCCUGUUGAUGCCUUUGGUGAUUACACCACAAUUGUUGUAUUUGGUGCUUCUGGUGAUUUAGCCAAGAAAAAGACUUUCCCAGCCUUAUUUGGAUUAUAUCGUGAAGGUCAUUUACCUAAAACUAUUCAAAUUAUUGGAUAUGCUAGAUCAAAACUUACAGAUGAAGAUUUCAAAUCAAGAAUAUCUCAACAUUUCAAAGGAGGAAAUGAUCAAAUUAAACAAGAAUUCUUAAAUUUAUGUACUUAUAUCAGUGAUCCAUAUGAUACAGAUGAAGGUUAUAACAAAUUAAGACAAGCUUGUGAAGAUUAUGAAUCUAAACAUAAAGUAUCGGUUCCUAAUAGAUUAUUUUAUUUAGCCCUUCCACCAUCAGUAUUCACAAUUGUUUGUAAACAAUUGAAGAAAUUGGUAUAUUCUCAAAAAACAAGGAUUAUUGUUGAAAAGCCAUUUGGUCAUGAUUUGGCUUCUGCUCGUGAAUUACAAAAAGAUUUAGCUCCAUUAUUUACCGAAGAUGAACUUUAUAGAAUUGAUCAUUAUUUAGGUAAAGAAAUGGUUAAAAAUUUAUUAGUUGUUAGAUUCGGUAAUACAUUAUUUGGAGGUGUUUGGAAUCGUAAUAAUAUUUCUUCGGUUCAUAUCUCAUUUAAAGAAGCUUUUGGUACUGAAGGUCGUGGAGGAUAUUUCGAUUCAAUUGGUAUUGUUAGAGAUGUCAUGCAAAAUCAUUUAUUACAAGUUUUAACAUUAUUAACUAUGGAAAGACCAGUUUCUUUUGAUCCUGAAGCUGUUAGAGAUGAAAAAGUUAAAGUCUUGAAAGCUAUGGCUCCAAUUGAUACCGAAGAUUUAUUAUUGGGUCAAUAUGUUAAAUCUGAAGAUGGUACUAAACCAGGUUAUUUAGAUGACGAUACCGUUAAACCAGACUCCAAAUGUGUUACUUAUGCUGCUAUUAAGUGUGAAAUUCAUAAUGAAAGAUGGGAAGGUGUGCCAAUCAUUAUGAGAGCUGGUAAAGCCCUUCAAGAAUCCAAGGUUGAAAUCAGAAUUCAAUUUAAACCAGUUGCAAGAGGAAUGUUUAAAGAAAUCUCAAGAAAUGAACUUGUAUUAAGAAUCCAACCAAAUGAAGCUAUUUAUCUUAAAGUAAACAAUAAGAUUCCUGGUAUUUCAACUGAAACUUCAUUAACUGAUUUAGACUUGAAUUAUUCCACUCGUUAUUCUAAGGAUUUCUGGAUUCCUGAAGCAUAUGAAGCAUUAAUUAGAGAUUGUUACUUGGGUAAUCAUUCUAAUUUCGUUAGAGAUGAUGAAUUGGAUGAAUCUUGGAAAUUAUUUACUCCAUUAUUAGAACAUAUUGAAAAUCCAAAUAGUAAUAUUAAUUUAGUUAAAUAUCCUUAUGGUGCUAAGAAUCCAAAGGGAUUACGUGCUUAUUUGGAAAGACAUAAUUAUGUCUUUGAUGAACCAGGUAGCUAUCAAUGGCCAAUGAUUAACACGAAUGUUAAAGGUAAGAUCUAG